CUGCCAUGUACCCAUUACCCGAGCUGGUGUGGGGAUGAGGUUGACAGUUCAGUUUUGGACAUGUUGAAAUCAAGGUGCUUGUGGCAGACAGAGUGGAGAUGUUCAACAGGCAGUUGAAUGCCUGUGUCAGAACCUGAAAAGAGAAAUGUGGACUGGAGUUGUAAAUUUAGAAAGAGAUAUUAACUAAAUUGGUAUAAAUUAGACUGCCUAGGGCUGUGAUUUUUUUCAAAUCGGGGGACUCAAUCCAUUAAUAGCUAUUAAAAUCAAGUUAGUGGGCUGCAACCGGCAUUUUUAAAAAAUGAAAUAUAAUAAAAUAUAAUAAAAUAGAAAAUAUCAGGGUUUAGCCUCUGAAUUAAAGAUAAUAUAAGUGUGACUUCGUGAAAAGUUUACUAGCAGUCCUCGCGUGACACGUCUAGACCAAUUCCGAGCAAGGACUCCCACCUAUACCUGGGUCUAGCUCCGCCUCUGCUUGGGUUGGGCAUCUCAUCUCAAUAACCCUGUGAUCCCCUCAACCCUGAUUGGCUGGAGGAGAAAAUCAGCACGGCCAUUGGUCCCCUCUUGAAAGGGCGGAGCCGGGUUGCUCCUCGUCUGCCAACAGCAGGUCGAGCCUGGACCGGGAGACACCGGAGAGAGCAAGGCCAGCGGUUCCGCGGCCCUGAGCUGAAGCGGUGGAGUGCGCCCCACCCGGCGGCCAGGCGGAGCCAAAGAUGCCAGCCUCUGCCGUGCGGCUCCGCCCGGGCCCCGGGCCGCCUCCCGGGUCGCAUUUCCCGCUGCUGCUGUUGGCGGUGCUGAGCGGUCAGGUGUCCAGCCGCGUCCCCCGCUCAGUGCCCAGGACCUCGCUUUCCAUCUCCGAGGCUGACUCCUAUCUCACCCGGUUCACUGUCCCUCUGACCUACAAUUACUCUGUUCUCCUUGUGGAUCCUGCUACCCAUACACUUUAUGUUGGCGCCCGGGACACCAUCUUUGCUUUAUCUCUGCCUCUCUCAGGGGAGAGACCCCGCAGGAUUGACUGGACAGUGCCUGAGGCCCACAGACAGAACUGUAGGAAGAAAGGCAAGAAGGAGGACGAAUGUCACAAUUUUGUCCAGAUUCUCGCCAUUGCCAAUGCCUCUCACCUCCUCACUUGUGGCACCUUCGCUUUUGAUCCGAAGUGCGGGGUUAUUGCUGUGUCCAGUUUCCAGCAGGUUGAAAGAAUUGAGAGUGGCCGGGGGAAAUGUCCUUUUGAGCCAGCUCAGCGGUCAGCAGCUGUAAUGGCUGGGGGGGUUCUCUAUGUCGCCACUGUGAAAAACUACCUGGGGACGGAGCCAAUUAUCUCCCGGGCUGUGGGUCGUGCUGAGGACUGGAUUCGGACAGAGACCUUGCCAUCCUGGCUUAACGCUCCAGCCUUUGUCACAGCUGUGGCCUUGAGGCCAGCCGAGUGGGGGGACGAAGACGGAGAUGAUGAAAUCUACUUCUUCUUUACGGAGACUUCCCGAGCAUUCGACUCAUACGAGCACAUUAAGGUUCCUCGGGUGGCCCGUGUGUGCGCGGGGGACCUUGGGGGCCGGAAGACCCUCCAGCAGAGGUGGACAACAUUCCUGAAAGCCGACCUGCUGUGUCCAGGGCCUGAGCAUGGCCGGGCCUCCAGUGUCCUGCAGGACAUGGCCAUUCUUCGACCCAAGACUGGAGUGGGGACCCCCAUCUUUUAUGGCAUCUUUUCCUCCCAGUGGGAGGGGGCCGCCAUCUCUGCUGUCUGUGCCUUCCGACCACAAGACGUUCGGUCAGUGCUGAAUGGUCCCUUCAGAGAGCUGAAACAUGACUGCAACAGGGGACUGCCCGUCAUGGACAAUGAUGUACCCCAGCCCAGACCAGGAGAGUGUGUCACCAACAACAUGAAGUUGCAGCAGUUUGACUCGUCUCUCUCCCUGCCUGACCGAGUGCUCACCUUUAUCCGGGACCACCCCCUCAUGGACAGGCCAGUGUCCCCAGCUGAUGGUCACCCCCUGCUUGUCACUACGGACACAGUCUAUCUCAGAAUUGUGGCCCACAGGGUGGCCAGCCUCUCAGGGAAAGAGUAUGAUGUGCUCUACCUGGGGACAGAGGAUGGACACCUCCACCGAGCUGUGCGGAUUGGAGCCAAGCUCAGCGUCCUUGAGGAUCUGGCCUUAUUCCCAGAGCCACAGCCAGUUGAGAAUAUGAAAUUGUAUCAGAGCUGGCUCCUGGUUGGCUCCAGCACUGAGGUGACACAAGUGAACACCUCCGACUGUGGCCGUCUCCAGAGCUGCUCAGAGUGCAUCCUGGCCCAAGACCCUGUCUGUGCCUGGAGCUUCCGGCUAGAUGCGUGUGUGGCUCAUGCCGAAGAGCGUGGAGGGCUGGUCCAAGACAUAGAGUCAGCAGAUGUCGCUUCUCUGUGUCCUAAAGAGCCUGGAGAACACCCAGUUGUGUUUGAAGUUCCUGUGGCUACAGCUGCGCAUGUGGUCUUGCCAUGUUCCCCAAGCUCAGCCUGGGCAUCCUGUGUGUGGCACCAGCCCAGUGGAGUGACUGCUCUUACCCCCCGGCGGGAUGGGCUAGAGGUGGUAGUAACCCCAGGGACCAUGGGUGCUUAUGCUUGUGAAUGUCAGGAGGGUGGGGCAGCCCGUGUGGUAGCUGCUUACAGCUUGGUAUGGGGCAGCCCUCGGCCCCCUGCAAGCCGGGCCCACACAGUGGGGGCUGGACUGGCUGGCUUCUUCCUGGGGGUUCUUGCAGCAUCCCUGACUCUCCUCCUGAUUGGUCGACAUCAGCAGCGACGGCGACAGAGAGAACUUCUGGCUAGAGACAAGGUGGGCUUAGACCUGGGGGCACCGCCAUCUGGGACCACAAGCUACAGCCAGGAUCCUCCCUCUCCCUCUCCUGAAGAUGAGCGGCUGCCCCUGGCCCUAGGCAAGAGGAGCAGUGGCUUUGGUGGCUUCCCUCCACCCUUCCUGCUUGAUCCUUGCCCGAGCCCAGCCCAUAUUCGGUUAACUGGGGCUCCUCUGGCAACAUGUGAUGAAACCUCCAUUUAGGGCUGGGCGAGUGACCACUAAUGCAUGAGUGACUAAUGCAUCAGUGGUCAUUCCACUAAGGUGUGGUCAUUCUACUAAGGUGUGGAAUGACCACUGGGAUGCUGGGGUCACCGGGCCUGGAAGACAGUCAUGGCCUCUGAGUUCUGUUUGGCCUUUGAGUGAUCACUUGACUUCAGUGCCUGCCCUCUCUGGGCCUGGAUGGGCUCGGGGCCAGCCCUUUGAGUCCUGAUUCCUGGUUCCCAUGAGAGAUCAGAACUUUUUUCUGCAGUGAAUCAGGACGUUUGCCACCCAUGCCCUCUGAGCCCUUGUGACCCCCUUCAGCCCUGGCCCACUAAUUUGGGCCUGUGAGUUUGGAGAGGGACAUAAGACAUAGCUAUGACUUUGCCUUCUGGUUGGACCCUGGCCAGAAGGAGGAGCUGUGGAGGUGUUGGGGGUGCAUGUGCACUGAGUCCUUGGGUGGUUUUGCUGAUUCUCCCAGUUAAUCUAGUUCUCCGUGGGGAGUGCAUGAUCCCUGCAUCACAACAUGAAUCUCUGUCCUGAGAUCUGCCUCCAUCCCAGUUUUCCUUCUUUCAUGGAAGAGUACGUGUAUAUAUGAGUGUUCAUAGGGCCUGGCCAAAUGUGCAUGGAUGACGAGGCCACUGCUCAGGUGUAUUCAGGGGGGGAAGAAAGGGGAAGGCUGGGAGGGGGGCACUGCCUGCAGAGCUUUAGACCCUGUAGCCAGUGACAGAAGGGCUUUCCUUUCUAAAAGAAAAUAAAGCACUGCCUGCCCCCCCACGCCCCCAUCACUUCUCACCCUUCUCUUGAGUUGAGAAUAACUCCCAAAGUGACCUUCUGGGUGGAAGGACAGCGGCACAUGUGACCCCACCUUUCUGUUUGUUUUUGCCCCCUGGCUGCCACCAGGGCCGUGCACAGCUGCCCUUUCUCUGUCUGCAGUAUAGGCUGGACCCCCUUUCCUUGGCUCUCAUUAAAAAUGAAUUUCACAACCUUCUAAAUAGUAGGGAACAACAAAAGGGGAACAGUCCUGGGAAAUACAAGCAUACAAACAGUUUAAAGAUAGGUUUGUAUCUGUGACUUGACUCAGGUUGACACCCUUGCCCUAAAGCAGCUCUCCAGUGGGGUCUACGGACUCCCUGAAACCAUAUGCAAAAUGUCGUCUGUAUGUGCGUGUCUAUGUUUUUCUGGGGGGAGGUUUUAUGACUCUCAUCAGAUUCUCAAGGCCUUAACAAAGUUAAAGGACCACUGCCCCAAGGUCACCACACUGCUGGCCAAGCUGAGAUGGGGCCACUCAGCAGCAGCUCCCCCUGCCCCACCCCACCUGCCCUGUGGCCACCCUUGGACUUGCAGCUGCUGGACGAGUCUCAUUUCUCCAGUCCCUGGAAGCUGGGCUCUGUGCAUAUCUGAAGACACUAUCAACUCCCACCAAACGUAAAGACUUCUUCCUGCUUCACAACUCACAGAUGCUUUAGGCUUCUCUUGCUCAGUUCUGGUCUUGGCCUGUGAAUGUGCCUCGGUCAUCCCUGGUGAGGGAUCCCCUCACCCCACCUUGAGCUCCAGUGAAUGACCCAGCCCCUCCCAGCUGAAGUUUUCAGCUCUACUUUCCUUGGCAGCAGCCUGUGAACUACCCAAAAGAGUCCCCUUGGGUUUGGAAUUAUCAGUGGCUGUCCCCUAAUAAGUGCAUGAUCUUCAGCAAGUAAUCUAACCUAGGAACAUUGGUUUACUCAUCUGUAAAGUGGGGAUAAUAAUACUACCUCAGGGUUGCUGCCAGGACUAAAUGAGAGAACGUGUAACAAUAAAGCACUGUCUGUACCAGAA